AUGGAAUAUAAAAGUAUUGAAAAAUCAAUUGUAAGGGAAUCAAAAGUAAGAAAUGUAUUUAGCAAAGUUUGUAAAAAAGAAUUAUUUUAUACAAAUUUAAAAGUUAAUUCAGCAUCUGAAGAACUUUUAAAAUCUUCAAAAAGUUUAUUUGCUUAUCCUUCUUCAAUUGGUGGUGGAUCAUGUUUAUCAAUUACAAAAUUAAGUAAUCAUGGUAAAGUACCAGAUACACCAUUUUGUAUUAAAGGACAUACAGAUCCAAUAUCAUGUUUUGAAUUUAGUAAUUUUAAUGAUUAUGUUAUUGCAACUGGUAGUAGAGAUUGUACGAUAAAGAUAUGGGAAGUGCCAGAGGAAGGAUUGAUAAAGGAUAAUUUAGUGACACCAUUGAUUACAUUACCAAAACAACAAAAAAGAGUUACAGGUGUUUAUUUUCAUCCAUCAGUGGAUUCAUUAUUUAUGUCAUCAACAUUGGAUUAUACAUUGGAUAUUUGGGAUUUAUCAAGCACAGGUGAACAAUCAUCAGUGAUUCAAAAAUUAACAGGACAUGAAGAUUUGAUUAUGUCUGUCGGUUGGAAUACUUGGAGUGGUGGUGACAAGUUGGCAACCUCAUCAAGGGAUAAGAAAAUGAGAUUAUACGAUCCAAGAAGUCAAUCAACACCAAUUCAAACUAUAUCAACUCACGAAGGUGCACAAGGAUUUAAAUUAUGUUGGGCUGAUUCAAAUGGUUUAGAAUUGAUUUGUACUGUUGGCGCAAAUAAAAGUGCACAACGUCAAUUAUAUCUUUGGGAUCCACGUCAAUUACAAUCUUCACAACCAUUGGUUUCAAAAGAUGUUACAACCGAUUCUUCAAUCCUAUCACCUUAUUAUGAUUUCGGUACCAAUAUGGUUUAUUUAGGCGGUAAAGGUGAUGGUAUCUAUUAUUAUGAAAUUGAAAAGAAUAACGCUCAUCAUAUUGGUAAAGCAACAUUUGGUAAUGUCACUCAAAGUGCUAUCACCCUAUUACCAAAGAGUGUUGUCGAUGUUAACAUUUGUGAAAUCGAUAGAUUCUUACGUUUAACUGCUGCAAAUUCUGUUGAAAUGGUUUCAUUUAUGUGUCCAAGAAAAUCACAACUUUUCCAAGAAGAUAUUUUCCCUCCUUGCCCAUCUGGUGAUCCAACUACAGAUUGCUCACUUUGGUUCGCUGAUAAACAAUUAAAAGUUAUUCCACACACAAUCUCAAUGAAACCAGAUGGAGUUCAAUCAAUUUAUGAAGUAUCAGAAGAAGAAGGUGGUAAAAGUAAAGAAAAAGAUAAAUUAGAACAAUUAUCAAAACUUUCAAUUGGUAAUAGUGGUAGUGGUGGUGGUGGUGGCGAUGGUGAUGGUAAUGGCGGUGAUUCACCAUUCAUUACUGAAGGUAUUGUUAAACAAGAAAUUGAAGGUUGGUUAUUUAAUUCUUAUGAGAAUAGAUAUUUAAAGAUUGUAAAAGAUAAAAUUUAUUGUUUCUUAAAUGAAGAUUCUGCUCAAGCAAUUUGGGAUUCACCAGUCUUAAAUAUAAAAUAUGUUGACAUUUAUGAUGAAGAUGAAAAUACCUCUGGUGAGGAAUGGUCUUUACGUUUCAAUAUUAUACUUUUAAAUGGAAAAGAACAUAGAAUGGAAUGUUCAACUGUUAAACAAAGAGAUGCUUGGUGUCAAUCAAUUAAUGCUUAUAGAGAAAUGAAACAACAAGUUGAUCAAUCUGUUGUUUCACCAACAAUGGGUGAAUUUCAUUUAGUUAAUACAACACCUGUUGCACCAUCACCAAUGGUUAUAUCUGAAAAUAAAAAUGCAUUACAAAAAUUCUCUGUACCAUCACCAAAAGAACAACAACAACAACAACAACAAGGUAGCGAAUCACCAAAUUCAACAACACCAAAAUCAUCAACACCAACUCAAACUAGACAUCAUAGUGUAUUAUCAAGAAAUCCAUCAUAUACAUCAUUGAAAAGUUCAGGUGGAUUUUCAAAACCAUCACCAUCAUCAUCAACAUCGACACCACCAUCAACAUUUGCAUCACCAUUAUCAAUUGCUCAAACUUCAUCAACCACCACUACCACUACUACCACCACCACCACUACAUCUUCUUCUUCAACACCACCACCAUUAAGAGCAAACAAUUCAACAUCAUCAACUCCAUUAAAUUCAAGUACAGGUAUUAAACAAAGUGAUAUUGUAAUUGAAGGUAAUUUAACAGAAUUAAUACCAGGUUUAUUAUGGAAUUCAAAUACAGAGAAAUGGUAUGUAGUUUCAGAGGGUAUGCUUUAUUCAUACAAGAAUAAAUCAUUGAAACAAUUGGAUCCAUUAGAGACUAUUCAUUUGGAGAAAGCAAUCUCUGCACAUAAAACCAAAGAAAUUUUCACAAUUCAAGGUUUUAGUUUCCAAUUGUCAACACCAAAUCGUAUCAUUCAUUUAUUAGCAAAAACCAAAGAAGAACGUGGAUCAUGGUUAUCAGUAUUACGUCAAAAUCUAAAGAGUUCAGGUGAAACUAAACCAAAAUCAGUAUUAACAAGAGCUUCAACAAUGGAUGAAUUAAUUAGUUCACCAAUGAGUGAUGACGAAUCAAAUACCAAUGAAGGGGGUGUUGAAGAAGAGGAAGAAGAGCAACCAUUGGAAGGUCAAUUAUCAAGAAAAUUACCUGGUAUCUUUUCAAUGUGGGGUCAAUGUUUUGUUGCCUUAUUAGCAGAGGAUUUAUUUGUAUCACGUAAUAAACUAUCAACAACACCAGAGCUCAGAAUCCAAUUAUCUUCAAUUUCAUUAAUUAAAAAGAUUUCACCAAAUGAAUUCACUCUAUAUGAUUCAAUGAAUCAAGUAGUUUGUAAUUUCCGUACAAUCGCACCAACAGCAGAAUUUGAUGAUUGUACUCGUUGGAUCGAUGGUUUGGAAGCUGCAAGAAAACGUUCAAUUGAUAUCAUUAAAAUGUUCGGUAUCAAUGAAAAAGAAGUACUCUCACCAUUACCAUCAUCAUCAUCAAUUCCAUCAUCUGGUAGUAAUGGUAAUUUAUUGGAUCCAUCAGCUGAUGAUUUAACACGUUAUUUGGAUUUAACAGCAAUUAAAAAUGGUAAACAAAAGAUUUUAAUUCAAGUUAAAGGUAAAAGAAAGAUUAGAGUUAGAAUGGUUAAAUUAUCAACAUCAUCAUUGAAUUGUCAUAACUCUUUUAUUUUAGAUGCUGGUCCAAGAAUUUUCGUCUGGGCAGGUUCAAAAACAAGUCGUGUCAAUAAAGCAAAGGCAUUAGAUUUUGCAAAUAGAAUUCGUACAAAAGAAAGAGGUGGUAAAUCAACACUAAUUCAAUUGGAUCAAGGUCGUGAUGAACAAUCAUUUGAUUUUUGGGAAAUUUUAGGUGGUAAUAGUUCCGAUCCAAUCGCAACAACUCCAACUCCAGAGGAACAAGAUACUGAAUCAAUUAAAACUACAAUUUAUCGUGUUGGUUUAGAUGUUAAAAAGAAUUCAUUACGUGCUCGUUUAGCUUGGGAAGGUACUGAUUGGAAAUUACCAAAUAAAGAAAUUCUCAAUACUAAAUUUGUAUAUGUUGUUGAUUGUGUCACUGAAAUCUUUGUUUGGGUUGGUAAAGAAUCAUCAUCAAUUCAAAGAAAAAUGGCAACUAAAGUUGCAUUGGUAUUACAAGCUCAAAAAGAUCGUGUAGAUUGGACAAAGAUAACAAGAUUAACCGAAUUUGGUGAAAAUAAUCUCUUCAAAGAGAAAUUUGCAAAUUAUCCAGGUAUGUUGCCAAUUUCAACCACUCGUCAAGAGAUUAAAAGUCAUGUUGCAACCUCAAAGGUUGAGCAUAAAAUUGAAACAUUGGCAUCACGUAUGACAACUCCAUUCAUUGAUAAUGAAGCCUUAUUCACAAUACCAAUUGAUGAAGGUGGUCGUGUUAAAGUUUGGAAAAUUGAAGACUAUGAAAAGAUUGAUCAUCCACAACAUUUAUAUUCUCAAUUCUUUUCAUCAGAUAGUUAUAUCGUUCUCUAUACCUAUAUGCAAAAUAAUAAGGAAGCUCAUGUUAUCUAUUAUUAUUUAGGUAGAGAUUCUUCAAUCAAUGAAAAAGGUACUUCCGCUUAUUUAACAGUUGAUCUCAAUGAAUCAUUGGUUGGUGCUUGUGUUCAAACUAGAGUAGUUGCAAAUAAAGAAUGUAAAAACUUUUUAAAUCUUUUCAAAACCAAAAUGGUAAUUCAUAAAGGUAAAUACAAUAACUAUGAUCCAAAGAAACCAUCACUCUAUCAAGUUAAAGGUUUAGAUAAAAUUGAUAUUCGUGCCGUUCAAGUAGAAUUCUCAAGCUCAAUGUUAAAUACUUUACAUGUUUCAAUCUUGCGUACUCCUGAAAAGAUUUACAUUUGGCAUGGUAAAUUCUCAUUGGAUGCUGAACAAAACUCUGCUCUCUCAAUCGCAGAGAAUUUCAAUUCCACUUCAGCUCCAAUCGAAAUCUUAAAAGAAGGUAGUGAAUCCAAUGAAUUUUGGUCAGCUUUUGAAAGUACAGGUGGUAGACAAAAAUACUUUAAUGAUAUUAUGAUUCAAAGUAGUUCAAUUCCAACCUCAUUCACUUAUAAACCACGUUUCUUUGUUUGUAGUAAUGCAUCGGGUAUCGUUGAAGUUACAGAGGAAUCACCAUUCUCUCAAGAUGAUCUAGAUAUUGGAUCCGUUUGUAUAUUGGAUGUACAAAGUCAUAUUUACCUUUGGAUUGGUAGUCGUGCAACUCAUCGUACUAAACGUGCCUCUAUGGAAGUUGUAUUAAACUUUAUUGAAACUUCAAAAUUGGGUCAUUCAAAAGAGCACACUAAAGUACUAAUUGCAACUCCAUUCGAAGAACCAAUUGGUUUCAAAAGUUAUUUCCGUGCUUGGUGUACCUCUAAAUAUCCAAAGAAUAAAUUACCUUUGGUUGAAAAAGAUGGUAUCCCAGUUGAACAAGUACUUAAAGAUUAUCUCAAAGAAAUCUAUACCUAUGAAGAGUUAUUGGCCGAUCCAUUACCUGCUGGCGUUGACUCUACUAAAUUGGAUACUUAUCUCAAUGAUGAAGAUUUUGAAAAAGUUUUCAAAAUGACUAGAACUGAAUGGUUAAAGAUUCCAGCUUGGAAGAGAGAAGGUAUUAAAAAAGAAUUAUUCUUAUUUUAA